UGUUUCCCACUUUCCCUCUUUAUCUCUCUCUCGCCCACACAAAACACGAGGAGUCGUUUGCUUGAAAUGGAAGAGGGCAAAACAAUCACAGCGAACCGGCUACUGGCGGUGAAGCGCAAAUCCGGCAAGUCGUAUAGCCAGAUAGCCGAAGAGACGGGCCUCACCAACGUCUACGUAGCCCAGCUGCUGAGGCGCCAAGCCCAGCUCAAGCCCGACACCGCCCUUGUGCUACGGGCGGCGCUGCCCGACCUGACCGACGACCUCCUCCAAGAGAUGAUGAGGCCACCCAUGCGCUCCUACGACCCCAGCUUGAUCCAAGAACCCACUAUCUACAGGUUGAAUGAAGCGGUUAUGCAUUUUGGUGAGAGCAUCAAGGAGAUAAUCAAUGAGGAGUUUGGUGAUGGCAUCAUGUCAGCUAUAGAUUUCUUUUGCUCAGUCGACAAAAUUAAAGGUGUGGAUGGGAAGGAUCGUGUAGUUCUGACAUUUGAUGGGAAGUAUUUGCCUCACUCUGAGCAGAAAUCGGAGCACAUGGUUUCGAGGCAGAGACUACAGUGAAGUUUAUGAAUAUCCUCAUGCUGACUGCUGAGGCAGGUGCUGCGAACUUUUUGGGUUCGUUUUAGAAAGUGCUUUUUGCAUUUUUAUUGUGACGUGAUAUAAAGGUAAAAGUAGUUUUAGAUUGGUUUGUGAAUGUUUUAUAUUUUGAGUUGUUUGUUAAUGGUUAUGCUUUUUUGCUAUAAAGCAAAAAGAUAACCUUAAAAUGCUUUUGCUUGUCUCCUUCGCUUUGUGUCAAUAUACCUGUAUUUGAGAGUGCCAUCAGGCUUUGUUGAAUAAAUUUGAGUGCUCAACUCUCUGUACUUGUUUGGCUCUAUGAUAUUGAAUGGAACAAUUACAUGUAUUGCUUUUAUAUAAAGGAAAGGUGAAAUUCAUGGUCA